AUGGAGAUCGCACACGCAUAUAAUUCCAGCUACGCGGAUCUCGCACGCGGCGUCAAGGACAGGGUGGUGCUCAUCACAGGCGCCGCAUCGGGGAUCGGGCGUCUGGCGACACUCGAGUAUCUCAAACUUGGCGCUAAAGUCGCAGCGGGCGAUAUAAAUCACGAUACACUCAAGACACUCGCUAGUGAAUGUGAAGCUACUGGAUUCGCUGGAAAUCUCUUCACUUGUACGGUAAACGUAACCAAGUACGACGAACUGUACGACUUGUUCUUCAAGACUCAGGAGAAAUUCGGAAGGAUCGACGUUGUUUGCGCUAACGCUGGCAUCAAUCCUGGCGGAGACUUCAUGAGCUCUAAAGUACCGGCUAACGUGAGACCGGAUAUGAAGGUGAUUGAUGUGAAUUUUGUCGGUGUGCUCUACACUUCGCAUCUGGCAGUAAGAUUCUUUAGGGAAAACACUACAGCCAAGGCUUCGGAGAAAUGCCUGAUUCUCACUGGCUCAAUGGCUAGUUUCCAAGCUAUGCCAUCCGUAGGCAUGCCCUAUUCGGCUAGCAAGGCUGCAGUGUUGAGUCUGUCCCAGUCUCUCGCUAUCCAGGGCGUUGCAGAGGGAUUCAGAUGCAACUGCAUCAAUCCUUGGUUUGCUGACACUAACAUUCUCGAUAAAGCCGCCAGAUUGGUCUUGAAGGGCAUCCCGCUCGCUCCAAUACACGCAAUCACCCAAGCGUUCAUCCUCGCCACCGCAACUGAAGCCACCGACCAGGCUUGGGUUAUUGAUGAGCACGGUCUUUGGGAACUGCCGAACCCGUCCAUCAAGAGCAAGGUAGUCGACCAGUUUAUGAGCAGAUUUGUUAUCGGUCUUAAGCUUAAAAAGGCGUUGCAGAGAGACGCGUACAAGCGCUAUCUGAGCAUCGCCGCCAUUGCAGCUGGCGCUGUUGCGGUUGUGUGGAAGCUGUUCAAUUAG